AUGAAAGUAUAUCUUGAUCGAGCGGGAAAUGAAGGCAGUUGGUUUAUUAUCGAACCAGCCUAUAAACACUAUGUUAUUGGAGACAGCGUUGCUGCUGGUAACAAAAUUUCCUUAGUACCAUAUUCUGUAAAUAACCAGACGUCAGGCCACGUUAAACAUCAACUUCAUCUGAGUCAUUUCCUACUGAAAGAUCAUCAAACUGCUGCUGAGGUAAAUUGCCUCAACGAGUGUACAGAAUGGCAGGUGUUCAUGUUUUUGUUAUUCAACGAGAAUCAACCAGACAUUGUGAAAUCG